ACUUAAUGUUUACUCAGUUACUUUGAAACAUCGGAAGCAAAAUGAUCAAGGGUCUAGCAUUUUGUUUUUUGCUGAUAGUUGGCUGUAGUACAAUCAGCACGAUGGCCCAGUGUCCGCCAAACUCGGUGUAUACCGAUUGUGGCUCAGCGUGUCCGCCAACCUGCGAGUCACCAAGUCCUGGUUUUUGUAUCCAAAUGUGUGUGCCGGAGAGCUGCGAGUGUUUCCAAGGUUUUUUGCAGAAAAAUGGUCGUUGCGUUAGACCAUACGAGUGUUAAAUAUAUACAUUCUUUACGACUUCUCGUGUAUAAAUAAUGACGCCAAGUUACUUUUGUAAAAUAAAAUGUUUUAUUAAAAUUUACCAACAACA